CUGCCAUUGAAGUGAAUAUUCGUGGUGAUCCUUCGUUGCAUGUCCAAGAGCGGUCGAUCAUUCUUCCGUUGAGCCCCACCUUCCCGCCUCGUCCACAAGGCUCCAGCUACCGCAUCAUCAUCAAGCUCUCAAUACCUUAGCCUCUCAAUCCAGCUCCAGCUCCAUCAACAACCACAAUCGCCCUGCCUCCCUCCCAUUUAAUCGAAACGUCAUAUCACAUACCCGCCUCGAUCCAUCAUGGCAUCCACAGAUCCCAAGACCACAGACGACAAGCCCGCUGAGCAGAAGCCAGAGCAGAAGCCCGCCGCUCUCGGCGAGGACGACGAGUUCGAGGACUUUCCCGUCGACGACUGGCCAGAGGAUCAGACCGAGGCUGCAAAAGGCAGCGGCGAGACAAAGCAUCUCUGGGAAGAGAGCUGGGAUGACGAUGACACGAGCGACGACUUCUCGCAACAACUUCGGGAGGAAUUGAAGAAGGUCGAGGCUGCUAAACGCCGAUAGAGCUAUGUUGUGACGAUACCGCGAUUCGAACCAAUUUAUAGAACGGGAAGGGCGAGUCUGUGGAAAAGACAGAUCAGAUGAAAUAAUUAAAUACCAAUAGAGGCGCGCGAAAGCGCCACGAAGCAUCUUUGAACGUUUGAAUGGGCUUUAGCUGUGUCUGUUUGUGUUGAACGA